AUGUUACAAAAAGAUCUUAUUGGUAGUGUAUCAGGCAUUAUCAUGCCAAAUCAAGCUCAUCAUUUCAUUGAACGGCAAACAACAUUAAAUGGACAUAAAUUAAUCUAUACAGGUUUACAAUCGUCAUCGGAUAGUGGUACAACAUCAAAUUCUCAACAAAUGAAAUCAUAUAUAUGGGAAUAUGAUUCAAAUGAUAAUUUUAUUCGUUUAAGAUAUCCAUCUGACAGUUAUUCUAUGUUAACACAUAUUUAUAAUCAAACAUAUCUCAAUUAUAUAUUCUAUGAUGGAAUAAAAGUAAUGUUUUCCUACGAUAUGAAUGAUAAUCCGUCAAUAAUUAAAACGAAUUAUCCGUAUGGUAGUGCUAGUCAUACAAUUUAUAAUCAAUACAAUGGUUCAAUAUUAAAACGUACAAUUAAUUCAUUUAAAAAUUUUCCUUAUUUAACAACUAUUUUUACGUACAAUAAACCAAUAACAUCUACAAUUCAUGAAAAUCAAUUACGUUUAAUUCCAAAUACAAAAUUAACAUCAUUUGAUACUAUUGAUAAUUACGAAUAUUUAUCUUAUAAUUAUACUUAUGAUCAAUUUACCGGACGUUUAAUAACUAUUCAAUCGACAAUACGUUUUACUUAUCCAACUGUUUAUGAAACAUUUAUUAAAGAUCGUUCAAUAACAAUUUUAAAACGUAAAGAUGAUUAUCAACGAUUAAAAGAGAUAACAUUUAAUUUUAAAAAUCAAAAACGAAUUACAAUUGAAUAUUUAUAUGAUAAUAAACGUUUAGUAUUUGAACAAAUGAAAAUUCAAAUUGCAACAAAAUCUAUAAUUAAUUAUUAUUAUCGUUAUGAUUUAUUAGAACGUAUAAUAGAAAUACGAAAAAAUGAUAUUGUUAAAUAUCGUUAUGAAUAUGAUUUAAAUGGAAAUAUUAAUCGUACAAAUGAUUAUGAAUCUAUUCAAUAUAAUCAAUGGGAUCAAAUUAUAAAUAUUCAAAAACAAACACCAAUUAUUUAUAAAUAUAAUAGUGAUGGUUUUAUGAUUAAAUCAGAAAAUGGUAAUAAUAUGUUUAUAUUUAAUUCAAUUGGUCUAUUAAUUAAAUUUAAACAAAAUAAUGGUAAAAAAAUUAUUCAAUUUAUUUAUGAUUAUAAAAAUCGUUUAAUUGCGAAAUUUUAUUCAAUAACUGGUCGAUAUAUUCAGUAUAUUUACGAUGAUUCAUCUCAAUCUGAUCGUAUUACACAUAUAUAUGAUUCAAAUAAACGAUUAACAACAACUAUUUUCUAUGAUAAUAAUGGACAGAUAUUUGCAUUUGAAUAUAAUAAUAGAAUGUAUUAUGUUCUAACAGAUCCAAUUGGUUCACCAUUAUUCAUCUAUGAUGAUAAUGGAAAUAUAAUUAAACAAAUGGAAUAUGGCGCUUAUGGUAUGCCAUCAUUAACACAACAAGAAAAAGAGAAUGAUGAUAAUGAACAAUAUGAAUUUUUAUUACCAUUUGGUUAUAAUGGAAAAUUAAUUGAUUAUAGUAUCAUGUGUGCAUUUACUAAUCAUAAUGGACGAAUUUAUGAUUUAGAAUUGGGACGAUGGUUUACACCUAAUUUUCCCGAUUGGUCAACGAUAAAUCCACAUAUUAAAAAUCCAAUUCAUGAAAUGAAUCUAUACAAAGUCUAUGAAACGAGUAUUAUCAAUCAAGAAUAUAUUAACUCUUUACACACGAGCGAUUUGUCAAUACGUUUGAACAAUUUAAAUUAUAAUUUUGAAAAUUUAUUUCAUCUAUUACAAACUUCAAAAUUUUACACAUUCAUCACGAAUCCAUAUUCGUUUUCACCAUCAAAUACAAAGACGUUGAACAAUUUUAACAAGUUUUUGAUACCAUUUACCAAACGUUUUAAAUUCAUAAAACCGAAUCGUUUCAAUUAUCCAAUUGCCAUUAACCAUCAAGAAUUUUGGAAAAAUCGAACAUUAACGCUACUUGAUCAAAAUUUGGUUCAUUAUAUAUCCUUGUUGCCAUCGUCAUCGUUGAUAACCGAUAGCUUCUUUUCGAUAUUGUUAAAUAACUCACGUUUAAUUCCAUUUAUUAAUAAUGAAAAUUAUUAUUUUAUCAAAGAUGAUUUCAAUGAAUUUGAAAAGUUGAAUAAUCUAAUCAAUCAACCAAAUACUGAACAAAUGAUGCAAUUAAAUCAACAAUUUAAAAGUAGUAUUCGACAUGAUAAAGGUCAAAAUAAUGCUGAUGUCACUAUUUAUGGAAAUACAACAAUAUUUCAUGUUCGAUAUGGUACAACGUAUAAUGAAGAAAUAACAAGAUUAAUCGAAAUAAAUUUGAUACAAUUGAAAAAAUGUGUUUGGAAACGUGAACGAUAUUAUCUAAUGGAAUAUAAUCGAGAAAAAGUAUAUUAUUAUUGGUCAGAAAAGGAAAUUGAUGAUAUCAUUGUAGCAGGUGAAUUACACAAUUAUAAUGUUGUUUAUCGUUACGAUCCAUUGGAAUAUCCAUUACUAAUCGAUGAUUGCAGUAACUUUAUGUUUAUGCCAAAAAAUACGGGAUGA